GUGUAUGCAUGCUGACAUGUUCACUCCCACCCUGUUGGACUGGGGUUCAUAGGAUAGAGUGAGUGUUGUGGAAAUUGCCCAUUUAGCAUGCUUUUCACAAGGUCUUCUCAUUAAACAGAUGGAUGUAGGCACAGUCUUCCUGUGGAGUAUUCCUUUUUCUUAUUGCUUUUCUUGCAUCUCUCUCAGCAUGUUAGUUCAACCCAUCAAACAGGGAAGCUAUCCCAUCUCCAUCCCUACAUUGUCCAUGUCAAGGCAGCCUUCCCUGAUGGCACUUGCUGAACAUGGCAUUGGUUGUGUAAUUGUCUUUGAAUACUUAUUUUUCCAGUCACAGGUCAAGGAUAGGGGUAUUUCAAGGAAGGAUUUACAGCUGGAUCUGACAAUGGUCAUUGCAAAAAUAUCAGCAAUCAGGUGUUCAAAAUACUGUUAUUGCACAAAUUGCAGUGGCCUUCCAGAAGCAUGGUGAAAGUGUGCAUGAUUUAUGUCCCAUGCUUGUGGGUAUAGCACAGGCAAACCAGAUGUCCAAGAUAUUCCUCAAAUGAAAAAAAAGAUAAUUU